AUGAUUGACUCUUGUGGCUCAAGAACACCUGAUCAAAUUGCCUCAGAUAAUAACAAAGAUAAGAAAAGAAAGAGUGACUCUCGUGACUCAAGAACACCAGCUCAAGUAGCCUCAGACAAAGACAAAAAUAAGAAUUGGAUGAUUGACUCUCGUGCCUCAAGAACACCUGCUCAAAUUGCCUCAGAUAAUGACAAAGAUAAGAAAAGAAAGAGUGACUCUCGUGACUCAAGAACACCAGAUCAAGUGGCCUCAGACAAAGACAAAAAUAAGAAUAGGAUGAUUGACUCUCGUGCCUCAAGAACACCUGCUCAAAUUGCCUCAGAUAAUGACAAAGAUAAGAAAAGAAAGAGUGACUCUCGUGACUCAAGAACACCAGCUCAAAUGGCCUUAGACAAAGCCAAAAAUAAGAAUUGGAUGAUUGACUCUCGUGCCUCAAGAACACCUGCUCAUAUUGCCUCAGAUAAUGACAAAGAUAAUAAAAGAAAGAGUGACUCUCGUGACUCAAGAACACCAGCUCAAGUGGCCUCAGACAAAACCAAAAAUAAGAAUUGGAUGAUUGACUCUCGUGCCUCAAGAACACCUGCUCAAAUUGCCUCAGAUAAUGACAAAGAUAAGAAAAGAAAGAGUGACUCUCAUGACUCAAGAACACCAGCUCAAGUGGCCUCAGACAAAGCCAAAAAUAAGAAUUGGAUGAUUGUCUCUCGUGGCUCAAGAACACCUGCUCAAAUGGCCUACGACACUGACAAAGAUAAGAAAAGAAAGAGUGACUCUCGUGACUCAAGAACACCAGCUCAAGUGGCCUCAGACAAAGCCAAAAAUAAGACUUGGAUGAUUGACUCUCGUGCCUCAAGAACACCUGCUCAAAUUGCCUCAGAUAAAGACAAAGAUAAGAAAAGAAAGAGUGACUCUCGUGACUCAAGAAGACCAGCUCAAGUGGCCUCAGACAAAGCCAAAAAUAAGAAUUGGAUGAUUGUCUCUCGUGCCUCAAGAACACCUGCUCAAAUGGCCUCAGACAAUGACAAAGAUAAAAAAAAAGAAAGAGUGACUCUCGUGACUCAAGAACACCAGCUCAAAUGGCCUCAGACAAACACAAAAAUAAUAAUUGGAUGA